ACAGUUGGCCUUUUGGUGUUACGGGACCGUUGACUUCGUCGUGAUAUUGUAUAUUGAAGACCGGCACUUGUUCUUAGACAGGUCUAAAUAUGCUUGUGUUGGGAAAUGUUGUCUCCUAGCUUAAUGUCGACAGUCUUCUCUCAGAUAGAGUCCCUAGUUUUUUUUCGAAACAAAAAGAAUCACAAGACAAACCAGUCAGAGAUUAAUCAGAUAAUUAAACUUCAUACAUUGGAAACGGAACGCCACUUUGUACGCUGUUUAUUCUCUUCAGUUAAUUGUUUAAAUGAAAAUAAAUCCCCAAAAGACAUUUAUCAGGCUCAAUAUUUCAGUCAAGAACUCGGCAAGUUAUUGUCAAAGCCGAAUUUCGUGUCACUUGUUUGCUAUUCUAUAGAAAAUCCUCUGCCAACACACAAGAACAAUAGAUUAUUGUCGACAAGACUAUUUUCUCAAAUUACUCAAAUUUCAACACUUAAUCGUCUCCAAGAGGUGAUUCUUGGUCUUUCACUUACACAUUCAAAUGAUCCACAGCUUAGUGCUCAUGCAAAACAAUGGGUUCAUCAGAAACUACCAGAAUUGGUAACUACACAUCUUGCUGUGUAUGAUGUACAAACAACAAGUGGGAGUUCGUUAAAAUAUCUUCAAUCCAAGGCGGAGCCACAAACAACAAAUACUUCCAUAUCGAAACCUGUUCAAGAACAACCUUUAAAUACUGGAAGUUUACAUGAGAUCAGUACAGAUUUAUUACAUUUCAUCUUAAGUCAUCUAUACGAGGAUGUUGAACACUAUGGCCUUUCAGAUGAUAUACUACUCAAUUUUAUCAGUUCUUUACGUAAAGAAUAUCCUCGUAGUCGUUUGUCAUUAGUGCUCAAUACCUUGUUAUAUCCAGAUAUUAUCGGUUAUCCAUUUUUGAAAACCUGUCAGUUGGAAUUAAAUCUAAACAAUCCAAGUAAAGUUAUCGGUCAACUUGGUUCCCCUAUUAAAACUAAUUCUACAGUGAAUAAUGGAUUAACAACAACUACAUCAUCAUCAGUUUUCACAAAGUCUUCAAUAUGUGGUUGUGGACUGUCGUCAUCGUCAUCAAAUAAUCCUUACUUGAUUGCAGAUCUUUUAGAAGAAUUAGGCUAUGAGUGUACAAAAACUCUAGAGUCAACACGUUCAGUAUUGUGUAAUUUUGAUGUGGACGAUUUGAAUCCGUUAGCUAUUGCCAAGUGUUUAUGUUUAUUUCUUCGAACUACUGAUGGACAAUUGAAUAAAACAAACCGUAGUAACUCGAAUGAUAAUACUACAUUUUACAAUAAUACAAUAUUCCGUUAUGAUGAUAAUGAUAAACAAUGUGGUUCGGAAGAUAAACAGUCAGAUGAAUUAAAUACCCCAUCAGUAUUGUCGUCAUCAUGGAAUAUAGACAACUUUUUCACUGUUCUUUAUGAAUUAAAUCCAAAUAUACAACUAACUAUAAUUUUAAACGAAUUAGAUUGUUCAGAAUUUAUGAUAACAAGUCGUCAGUCUUUCCAUUUAUUUAAACAAUUUAUUUUCAAUAAUAAUCAAUUUCAUAUAUCAGCUGAUUAUUUCUAUCGUUCAUGGAUCAAUUCACUUGGACAAUUAAGUUUACUUCAGUAUUGUUCUGUAUAUCCUGAUGUAAUUUGUCUUGCUUAUUGGCCACAUCGUUGUAUUGAUAUAAGUAUGUUGCAAAUAUCAUUUAAUGAAGAUGAACAGACAAGUAUGCAAUUAUGGAAGAACAUUGAUUAUGUUCAAGCAUUAUUGAAUUUAUCCGAUAAAGGUUUAUACUCUGAUGUAUAUAAAUUGUUCAAACAAGUGUUUAUUCUGUAUCCAGAUAUUUUGACUGCUACAUUACUUGAAACGAAGUUUGGUCCAUUACGUAAUGUAAUGCUUGGUCAUGCAUUUGUUUAUUUUUUAACAACUCGAAUUAAUUCACAUAUUCUUCUUCAAACUGCAUGGAAUGGUGGAAAGUUAAACGUACUAAACGGUACAGAUUUACAACAGCAACGUCAUUUAUUCAUAGCUUCAUGUAUAGAGUAUAUAGCUCAAUUGAUGGCAUCUGACGGAUCAUUGGAACCCAGUACAUUAUCAUCGUCUACACAAAUUUCUGACAAUCGUCAACAUAUUUUAAAUAAUCAUAAUGAUAAUAGUAACAAUCUAUCAGCAAAUUUUUCACAAUUCAUUGAAUUAUUAAUCAGUAUUAAUGAUUCCAAUACUCAUGGAUGUGCUAUCUUACCUAUACUAUUAGGUACCACUGAAUGUUUAUCAAUUGCUGUAUCCAAUCUAUUAAAUCCAACUAACUUUAUACUAAAUCAUGAUAAUAGUUUAAACAAUUUAACAGAAUCGAUGAAUGACAAAUUCAUUGGUACAAUUAAUCGUUUACCUAUUCAUUUGUUAUUACCACCUAAUCAUGCAAUUGAUUUAACUUUAGUUUUAAUUGUAUCUAUGGCAAAUGUAAUUCAUUCAAAUAAAACAACAACAGUUAAUAGUUUACAAAUAACCACUAAUUCAGAGAUCACUACUAAUACAUCUGCUUCAUUAGCAUCUAUUCAAACUUCAAUUAAAUCAUUUUUAUCACAAUGGUUUAUUGAACAUUUUCAUGAUAAAAUAACAGCGGAUCCUUUUGCACUGGGUGUUGUUGAUUAUUUACGUGCACAUUAUUCAUCACAUGUAGCCGCCACCAGUACAACUUUCAUUUCACGUAAUAAAUUAGCUUUACCUAUGGAACUUCGUAAACCUUCACUUAGUUUAUUGACGCAUAUUAUACAAUCAGCACAAGCAGCUCUUAGAUCCGGUCCGUGUCUUGUUUCUCGUCCAAUUCUAAUUGAAGUACAUCAAUCACUUAACGCUCUUUUACAGCUAGUAAUCAAUUCAGCACUCAAUCGUACUUUUAAUCAAUCUGCAUCAUCAACGUCAUCCAUCAAUAGUGGAUCGGCUAUGAAAUCAAGUCCUGCAGGGCCAACUCAAUCGCAUUUAUUAACAACUAGAGCGUCAAGUUCUACGGUUUCUGCAAAUAAUCUCCGAUUUCCAACAUCUGCUAUUUCUGGCUUAUCCACUUCUAAUAAAUUUGCUACAAAUGUCGAUACAAAUACUGGUGUUUCACGUAAUCUUGCUACUGUUACUACAUUGAAUAACACCAAACUUAAUUCCGUCGUCAUGCAACAUGUUACAAAUCCCUUAACUUUACAGCUUGCAGCUCGACGUAAAGCACAAGCUUCUGGUAUAGUCGGUCCAUCUAUGACUGUAGAUACUCAUAUGCAACAAGCAUUAAAUAAUAAUUUCAAUAUUUCUAUUCCAAUGGAACAUCCACCUAUGGAAUUGUCAUUUGUCAAUGAACCUAUAAAAAUUCAAUUAAGCAAAGAAGCUGAAGCAGAGGCUAAUACAUUCUUUCAAAAACUACUGGAAGGUAUUAAUCCACCCGAUGAAAUGUUUAAAACUUUAUACGAUUUUGCAACUCAAGGUACACCUUCCCAACGUAAACUAUUGGAUGGAAUUUUACGUAUGUUAGCUGAUGAAGUUUCACGUCAUUUACAAGAUUAUCCUGAAACUAUGCUACCUUUAUUCGCUGACUUGUAUGGCAGUGUUCUUGCUGCUAGUACACAUCUCUUUUCUAUGAGAGCUCUUUCAAUGCUAUGGCGUUCUGUGUUAGCUCGAUUGUUCACUCUACCACCAGAGACCCAUAUGGAUUCAACGUUGUUUCGUGCUAUGAUUCAUAUUUUAAUGAAGGCUAAAAAUACGUUUGUACACUUUUCUAAUCUUCCAAAUUGUUUAGCCAGUUGUCCAGUCUUCAAAGCGUUUCCGCAUGAUCUUCAAGGAUAUAUUUUAAACUCUGAAUUAGCCAUCAAGAAUUAUACAAUAUCACAACAAACUACCUCAUCUUUGUCCAAGAAUUUGACAACUACUGGAAGUAGUGGCAGUAGUUCUUCAAACCAAUUGAUUGCUUCACAUUAUCAACUCACUGAUUCGUUAACACCAUCGACUAGUUUAAAUUUAACCAUGCCUACUUCCAACACUGUUGGCAACAUUGGUGUUCCUGCUGAUACAUCAUCAUGUAUCAAGGCACCUGAUGCACCAGAGGAAAGCAUUUCCGAUCGUGUCUACUUUCUAUUUAAUAAUGUAUCCAAGGUGAAUGCUAAAGAAAAGUCAAAUGAAUUAGCCACAUUGUUGUCAGAAGAUCGACUUAUACCAUGGUUUGCUUUUUAUCUUGUCAGUAAACGAAUACCAGUUGAACAAACAUUUCAUGAUCUCUUUGCUUUGGUACUUGAUCAUAUUCAAGAAAAAGUGCCAAAUGUUAGACCCAAAGUUAUGUAUGAACUUAUAAGGCAUAUCAAGUUUAUUCUGCGUAAUAUGCGUCUGGACAAAGAUGAUAUGCAAGCACGUAGCACAUUGAAGAAUUUUGGCAGUUUUCUUGGUCUAAUCACCUUGGCACGUAAUAAACCAGUUCUACACGAUGAUUUAAAUAUUAAAGAUCUUAUAUAUGAAGCUUAUUACAAAGGUCCCAUUCCUACUCAAUACGUAGUUCCAUUUGUUGCUCGAGUUGUUCGAGGUGCAACUGAAAGUUUGGUAUUUCGUCCACCCAAUCCAUGGACUAUGGCAAUAUUAAAAGUUUUACGUGAAUUGUAUGAUAUGGAGAAUGUAAAGGAUUGGUUACGUUUUGAAAUUGAAAUCCUUUAUCGUGCAUUUGACCUAAAUCUGAACGAUAUACCAUCUGCAAAUUUUCUUCGAGACCUAACACACUCAUCUAAUUUAGAUAUUGAACUGUGUUUCAUUGCAACUACUACAAGCACUAUCACUACUGCUACUACUACUACCACUACUACCAUUGGAUCUAUGAAUACACCUGGCCAAAUUAUAGUAUCAAAUAUGACUAGUAAACCUGCAAUAACUAGUAUAGAUUCAUCAUUUUAUCCCGGUUCUUCGUUUACUACUCCUGACUUCUCGGUUACAACAACAGUGGCAAUGGCGGCAACAACGACAGUGACUACGUUUUCUGUUGGAGCUACAACAACCAGCUCGAAUUUACCAUCAUCUGAACAACAGAAACAGCUGUCCAACAUGCUUGCUUUGUUCCAUAAACACCAACAACAGAUUUCUCCUACGGAUUCCAUAUCAACACAACAAUCAGUAUAUUCAACCCCUGGUUUAGAUAUAACUAAUUUAAUUCAAAACUCUUCUACUAGUUCUAACCAAACUCGUCAAACAGCCGCUGCAAUUGCUGCCGCUGUAGCUGCUAUCAAAAAACAGCAACAGUUUGGUCCGCCUCUUUCGGGAACUGGUCCUUCUUCUUCUCCAUCUUCUACUUCUUCUGCAUUAGCAUUACAACAACAUCAACAACAGUUGAAUACUGCAAUGGCGGCUUUUCAACCACUACCCCAAUCUCACCAACAACAGUCACAUCAACAACAGACCCUUCAAAAUAUUUUACCCAUUCAUAAUCAACCAAAUGUUACACAAUCGACUAAUAUUACCAGUGGUGGACUAAAUGGAGAUUUAACUGGUGGUAAUACGUUAUUCACUGGACAUUUACUACGCUACGAAGAUGUGAACAUUCGAAGUAUUCGUGCUUGUUUAAAUCUUGAUGAAUUAUUAACAAAUGCCGCUAUCAAUAGUCGAAAUGGUGGUACUAAUUCAAAUGGAAUUACUGCUGCAUUUGCUUUACUUCAAGCUAAUCCUCGACUACGCGGAUUAAUUGAACCUGCUGUUCUACGCGCCAUCAAUGAAUUGACCACUCCAGUAUUCGAACGUUGUGCACGUAUCACAGUUACAACUGUUGUCGCUAUCGUCCGCAAAGAUUUUGCAUUAGAUCCAGAUCCUUCACGUAUGUUGUAUGCAGCUUGUCAAAUGAUUCGACAUCUUGCCGCUGGAAUGUCAUUAAUUACUGCAAGAGAAGCUUUAGGCAUGUCACUUGUGACAAGUUUAAAAAAUAUCAUUCUUACUGAAGUCCAAUCUGCUACCGGGCAGGAAAAAGAAGCUGUACAACAAUUGGCUUAUCUAGUUGUUGGCAAAAGUAUGCAUGUUUGUUUAGCGUAUAUGCAAAAGUCAGUAGCUGAAAAAGCUGUGAAAGAUGUCGAGAAAAAAUUAGAGGCGGAUAUAAAACUUCGUACUGAACUUGGUCCUAUACGUUUCAUGGAACAGGCUGUAAACCAAUUAGCAUCACAACAAUCUAAUAUGCCUGAAUCACUACGCCUUACAGCUGGUGGUCCAACUGCCACAGAAAUGUCAGUCUAUGAAGAAUUCGGCCGUGUUAUUCCUGGCUUUGCUCCGAGCUCAUCUGGAGCCAUGGUGAAUAUGCCUUCAUCAUCCAUUUUACUUCCUGUAUCUUUGAACCCAUUAACUGCAGUUCAAAACAUUUCUUCAUCUACUGUAAAUUCUGCAGUAUCAAUGGCUGCAUAUCUUCAACUAUCUGCAUCACAGAAACAACAACUUUCUUCUACUGGUAUCAUUCAGCGACAAACUACUCCUGCAAUAUGCACUGCUAGCGGGUCAUUUAUGAAACCACAAGGCUAUCCAACUGCAGCUAGCCAACCAUCAACUAACUUUCAGGCUCCACUAUCUGGUUUGUUUGACAAGAUAAGUGGACAGAUUGAACGUCAUUUAAUAGCUAUUUCUGGUCGAUUACGUCCUGCCAAUGAUCCAAUGUGUCAAUCGCUACGUUGCUUAAUUGAUGCUGUUCACCUAGCUAAAACAAGUCGUGACACAAAUGUUGCUAACAAUAUUAUCACAAUUAUGGUACGUAGUUUCCUGGAGCAUUAUCGACCUAGUUUUUGGCGUGACCAACCACGUGGUUUAGAAACAAUGGAGCACUUAAAAGAGGCUCACAUGCUUACUCUUCGACAUAUGCUAUCUUUAGAACAAACUCCGUUUGGAUAUGCAUGGGUUACUCGACAGGUCACACACACAUGGAUUCAUUUAGACGGAGGAAAUGUCUCCGGUUCUGGCGGUGUCAACCAAGGUGUCACGUCAUUAUCAAACACUAGCGGAAAUACUUCUGAUGAUUUGCAAAAUCAAGAAUUAGACUUGAAUAUCGCUCCUACUGAAAAUAAGACUUCAUCACUGGGUGACAUGGUGGACACCACUGCCACUAAUAAUUGGACAGUGGGAGGAGGUAGUUGGAAGCAACUUACUGAAAAUAAUAACAGUCAAAUCGCUGCUGCUCAUGAUAAUCGUCUUGUUUCAGUCAAAUGGAAUUGGGAAGCGUUCGCUGAAUUUCUACGAGUUCAUGUUAUUUAUUUCUCCCAAAUCGAUACAUAUUUAGCUCAAGAAGUUGCCAAAGGUCAUCCUGGCGCAAUUACUUUUGUCAUUGAUUUAUUAGAUCAUUUUGUACUGCCUUGCCCUAAUGGCACGUCAUUAGGAGCAGCAGCAGCUGCUGCUGCUAGUUAUGCUCGUGCCAAUUCAUCAUCGACUAUUCCUUGCACUGCCGUGGGUUCCAGUGUUAGUGGUGCUAAUUCUGGCUCCGCAUCUGUCAAUGUUAGUGUUUCUGGAGUUAAUGUAAACUAUCCAAUUGGUGGUGUUGGCGGUCCUACUUCAGUAUCAUUUUCAACAAAACGCGAAUUUACUGUAUUGAAUGAAUAUGAUUUAUGGUCUACUUUAGAAGCUUUAAGAAAUCGUGUAGCGUUUCUUAAUAACACUAACCUAUCGACACCAUCAUUAACCGAUCCAUUAGGUUUACGGUUACGUUUGGCUUGUGCACGUGUCCGAGGUUUGUUGGAUUUGGGACUUAUGGAACAAUCCCCAUUAUUCAACAAUCCAUCUUGUACUAUUGGAGCAUUGUAUGCUGGAUGUAGUCAAGCUCAUGAAUUUGACGAUCCGCCUAAUCUACAGGAAAAAGUUGAAUUGAUUAUGCGUAAUUGGGUUGAAAUUUAUCAAAGUCCUAAACAACGUGAUCCUGCUACAAUAGAUGCACUUCUUAGUCAACUGACACAAAUCGGUGUCUUGCCAAAUAUUAAUAAUUCAACUCGUUUCUUACGCUUAGCCACAAUUUUCGUGAUUGAACGAGCUUUGAAACAAUUGAAGUUGGAAGAACAACAACAACAACAACCUCAAGUUCCUAAUGGAGGAGGAGGGGGAUCAAAUUUUAGUUCGAAUCCGGCGAUUAAUCGUGUUGCCGCUUACGUUGAACUAGAUGCUUAUGCUCGUCUAGUUAGUAUAUUAAUUAAUCAAUUAGGUGAAACACCUCAAAGUGAAUACUCUAAUGCUAAGGUUACAUUAUUAAACAAGGUCCUCGGACUUAUCGCUGGUACACUACUUCAAGAGCAUGAAGUACGACGUGAUUUAUUCCAUCCUAUGCCUUUUGAACGUCUCCUAGUUAUCCUAUUUGUCGAAUUACAGUCUUCAUUAUCACUACCUUCAGCAACACAGUUUACUGUAGGUGCAUCUCCAAGAUCAGAUGGCAAUGUGGAUGAAGGAUGUGUUGAGAAUGUGAAUUCAGAUGUUCAUCAGAAUACUGACACGGAUAAAGCUUGUGCAGGUAAACAUGCCGACAGUGUUGGUGGUGGUGAGCCUCGAAUACCCAUCGCGUCAAUAAAAUCAUUGGGUCCACUGACUUUUCAACAACAACUUCCUCUUAUCUUUUGUCAUCUAUUACAUUGUUUAAGACCGGAAAAAGCUACUGCAUUUGUAUUUUCUUGGCUGGAAAUGUUAACUCAUCGUUGGUUUGUUGGAUGCAUCCUAUCAGCUCCUGGUCCUCCAAAACUUCAAGCGGCAUAUCAAGCGAUGUAUGCACAAUUGUUGGCAGAUUUAUUGAAAUUUCUAGGCUAUUUCCUUCAAAAUGCUCUUAUGCCAAAACCAAUCCAGUGUUUAUACAAAGCUACAUUACGGCUGUUGUUGGUGUUAAUUCAUGAUUUCCCUGAAUUUGUUUCUGAUUACUAUGCAUUGUUUUGUGAUGUUGUCCCUUCUAAUUCUAUUCAAAUGCGUAACAUAAUUCUAUCUGCACUACCCAAACGAGGCAUACCUUCGGCGGACCCAUUACAAGCUCCUCCAGUUGACCAAUUAGCUUCUCUUGAAGAUCCUACUGGUUAUUGUAUGGAAGCUGGUUCACGACUUCCAGAGCCGAUGAGAUGUGAGCUCGAUGCAUAUCUAACCACUCGAGCACCUGUUAAACUACUCAGUGAAUUAGUUACAAUGUUAAGACGUGCUGAUGAUAUCAUCCCGCCUAUACCACCACUUCAGUUUGCUUAUCAUCCUCAACAACAGGCUAGACAUCAACAAGCCCUGGCAGCAUACGCAGUUGCUUUAGCUGCUAAUGAUGUUUGUCCAGGUUCUUCAGUAAAGAAUGAAGACAAGCCUACUGACGAUCAUUUUACACCUAGUUCCACUUCCACACAGGCUGUAAACAAAAUAUCUGGGAAAACUGGGACAACAGAAUCUUGGGAGAGUAGUGGCAUCAUAUCGUCGUCCUCGGCAGCAGUUUCUGACAGUAACAACGAGACAUCCUCAUCGUCUGCAAGCAAUACUACUACUUCACGAACAACACUGACUAUACCCAACUCUGUCGUCAGUGGCGAUUCUGGUGCUGCAUUGGCUGCUUUAUUAUGGGGUGUACGCGCUACUCAACAAUUAGCUACAUUUGGUCUAGCCGAUAGUAUGCAUUACAAUAUUGAAUUAAUGACAAAUUUAACAUUAUACGUUUGUAUUACUGCUAUUCGUAAUUUACGCGAAAAAGGUAUGCCAUUGAAUAUGAGCACUAUUGCUCAUACUCCACAAAUGGAUAUUAUACAAAGUCUAGUUUUAAAUCUUGACAAUGAAGGUCGUUAUCUUUUGCUUAACUGUAUGGCAAAUCAACUACGUUAUCCUAAUUCGCAUACAUACUAUUUCAGUUAUACAAUAUUAUAUUUAUUCUCUGAACAAUCUAAAGAACAAGUAAAAGAGCAAAUUAGUCGUGUUCUUAUGGAAAGAUUAAUUGUAAAUCGUCCACAUCCAUGGGGUUUAUUAAUGACUAGUGCAGAACUAUUACGUAACCCAGCAUAUCGAUUUUGGGAACAUGAAUUUGCUCGAUGUAAUCCAGAAAUUGAAGCAAUUGUAACAAUUGUCGCUCGUAGUUGUAUACCAAAUUUUCAAAUUCCCAAUGUAAAUUCUUCUGAUACUUGUACAACUUCUAGUGUUGUUUCAUCGGGUCUACGUUAUGCUUUAUUAUCGUCUGGUACCGCUCAAGGUUCAGUGUAAUCAAUUAGGAUGACGACACUAUGUAUGUGUAUUUGUGUGAAUAAAUUAUUAUCUUAUCUGUAUUCUUUUUCUUUCCCCCCCCCCUCCUAUUAUUCUAUAUUCACAAUUGUAACUGUUUGUCCAAAAAAAAUGUUGAAAUCAAUAACAUGUGUAUCUAAUCAGUCAAUUAUCAUUGUUGAAAUUACUCUUCAAUCUUAUCAUUUCACAUUCAUAUCAUUGACCGAAUUCCAUUACUAUUAACAAACGUUUGCCUUCUUCUUUUGUUUUUGUACUUUUUCGUUGGUUCGUGUGUGUGUGUGUUUGUGAUAACAUUGUGUUUAUAUUGUUUUCUUUCUAUUUCGGAUUAAAGUACCCUCACAAUGAACCUACUUGGUUCCUUUAUCCUCUUUGUAAAAUUUAAUUAUUGACCUCAUAUACAUAAAUAUAUAUAAUCUUUUUUUUUCUAGAAAAAGUGACAGUUGUUAUUUGAUUUACAACAAACAAUUGGAUGGGAUCUUGUUGUGUUUUAUAUGUGUAAGACCAACGAUAUUGUCUUUUUAGAAACUUACUUACGCUUGUUACUCCCAGUGGAGCAUAGAUCACCGACCAGCAUUCUCCAACCCCACUCUGUCAUGAGCCUUCCUUUCUAAGCUUUGUCUAAUUAUUGUUCAUUCUUCUCAUGUCUGUGUCUAUUUCUUACUGUAAUAUGUUCUUUGGUCUUCCUCUUCUCUCUUGAGCUUGAAGAUUCCAAGUGAGAUUUACCGUUUGUUAGAGAAGGAGUUGGGUGCUAGCGAUAACACAUGAACUGAAAUAGAUAAAGUGAAUAGUGUUGUAAAGUGGACUGUUUUGUAACGACUAAUUCACUACUCCCCCCCUUUAUCAUAUCCUUUUCUUCAUCUUUGUGUUUUUGUCGACAAUAAGUUUUUGUUUAUAUUUUUCUAAUUAAAUGGCGUUUAUCCUCACUA